UUCCUCUGGCUUGGACAGCAGACAACAGAGUUCUCACAGACUGAUAGUACUUGAACAGUCGCUGUGCUGAUUGUAGGAACCAGCAAGGAGAAAGAAAGAGCUUCCUUGUGAUGGUUUAUUUCAGGAGCAGAUGGGCUAAAGUGGACAUAACGUAUGUUAAAGACACUUUUUUAAAGACUUCACUGUUUUUGACAAAGUCGGCAUCUUUGAACUGUUACCUGUAAUUUAGGACCACUCAAAAAGGUAAAGAUGAGGUCCAGGACCAGCGAUACGGAGGGGCCAGAGAACAGACCACUCAAACCACUCGCUAAAAUCCACAACAUAGAGAAGGAAGGAAGCAUACAGGAUCUGAUGAAGAAGAAAAGCAAAUCUCAGAAGGAGAAAGAGACCAGUGAAGAGAAGCUUAAUGUGUCUGGACCUUUGAAGAGUCCGCAGAACCCUCAUGAAAUACAGCAGAGAAAAGCUGGACUGAUGGAUCUGUCUAAAGAAGAUCUCGUUCAUCUACUGGGAGUCAUGGAGGGAGAAGUUCAGGCGCGUGAAGACAUUAUCCACAUGCUACAGUCUGAGAGAACACGGCCUGAGGUUCUAGAAGCUCAUUAUGGUUCUGCAGCUCCAAUCAAACCUCUUCAAGCUCUGCAGAGAGACAGUCUGAUGAAAAGCAAUGACAUGAUGAGAGAUGACGUGUAUGAGAUACCCAUGAUUGAGUUGGACCGUUUGGAGGAGAAACAGCGGGAGACAUACAGACGAAUGCUAGAACAGCUGCUGUUGGCAGAGAAAUGCCACAGACGGACAGUUGCAGAACUGGAGGGUGAAAAACGCAAGCACGUCGACUUCAUGAACAAAAGUGACGAUUUCACCAACCUUCUGGAACAGGAACGAGAGAGACUCAAGAGACUGUUGGAACAAGAGAAGGCGUACCAGGCUCGUAAGGACAAGGAUCACAGCAAACGUCUUGAGAAAGUUCACGAGGAGCUUGUCAACCUGAAAUCAUUUGCACUCAUGCUGGUGGAUGAAAGGCAGCUUCAUAUUGAGCAGGUUGACCAGCAGAAGCAAAAGAUCCAGGGCCUCAACAAGAAGCUUCAUGAAAGGGAACAACAGCUUGAGAUCGCCAACAGCAAAGCUAAAGAAGACAGCCAAAAUAUCCAGAGGUUGGAGCUGGACCUAGAGCAUAAGACCACCAACUUUGUACAGGAACAUGAGGAGAUGACCGCCAAACUGGCCAAACAGGAUUCUGAGAGCCGACAGCUGCGUCUGAAGCUGGCAAGCCUGUCACGCAGGAUUGAGGAGCUGGAGGACACCAAUCGUAAACAGCAGAAAUGUGAGGAGGACCUGCAAGACCUUCGCGAAAAGAUAAGCAGAGGGGAGUGUGGAAACUCCAGCGUUAUGGCUGAGCUGGAGAAUCUUCGGAAGAGAGUGCUGGAGAUGGAGGGCAAAGACGAGGAGAUCACGAAAACAGAGGCACAGUGCAAGGAGCUAAAGAGGAGACUUCAAGAUGAGGAGAACCAUAGUUGUGAGCUGAAACUGGAGGUGGAGAAACUGCAGAAGAGGAUGAUGAAUCUAGAGAAACUGGAGGGAGCUUUUAAUGUGAGCAAAUCAGAGUGUGCUCAGCUUCACACCAACCUAGAGAGAGAAAGAUCCUUGAUGAAGAACUUGGUGUGCGAGCUAGAAUCAGUUAAAAACCACAUAAAAGAACUUGAGUGCUCGGAGACAAGACUGGAAAAGGCUGAGAUGAGUGUAAAGGAUGACUUGACAAAACUUAAGUCAUUCACAGUGAUCCUAAUGGAUGAGAGAAAGAACAUGGCGGAACGAAUCAAACAGGAGGAGCAGAAAAGUGAAGAAAUAAACAAUAUGUUUAAAGCUGAGCAGUGCAAAGUCAUGGUGGUGACGGAAAAGCUAAUCGAGGAGAGUAAAAAGCUUCUUAAACUGAAGUCAGAGAUGGAGAUGAAAGUAUCCACCCUAACCAAGGAAAAAGAGGACCUGAAGUCUGAACUUGCAAGUGAAGAAGAGAAAAGGAAGGAUCUGAGUGCAAAGAUAGGUCAGAUGCAAAGUAAAAUGGACGAGAAAAUGGAGGCAGAAUGUGAAUCUUCUAGAAACAGUGUUUAUAUGGACAAGGUUGGAUAUCCUGAUGAGGACAACAAGGUAAAGGAACUCACACGGGAGAUCGAGAGACUCAGGAACCGCCUGAAAAAGCUUGAGGUUGUGGAGGGUGAUUUGUUGAAGACAGAGGAUGAGUAUGACCUGCUCGAGAAGAAGUUUAGAACUGAGCAAGACAAAGCCAAUGCACUGUCACAGCUUCUGGAGGAAAUGAAGAUGCAGAUCACCAAGAACAAGGCCAUAGAAAAAGGAGAGUUGGUAAGCCAAGAAGCUGAGAUGAGACUACGUUGCAAGAUAGAAGAGGCCAAAACAAGAGAUCUUCAGGCCGAUGUCCGAGCUCUAAAGGAGAAGAUUCAUGAGCUCAUGAACAAGGAGGAUCAGCUGUCACAGCUUCAAGUAGACUACACAUUUCUCCAACAGAGGUUUUUUGAAGAGGAGGAUAAAAAUAAAAACAUGAGUCAAGAAGUUCUCAAACUAACCACAGAGCUGGAAUCCACUAAACGCUACAGCCGUGCCCUGAGACCCAGCAUGAAUGGAAGAAGACUUGUGGACGUUCCUGUGGCUUCUACUGCAGUCCAGACUGAUGGAGAUAUCAGUCAGCACAUGGAGUACGAGACUCCAGCUGUGUUCAUCCAGAAGUCGUUUCUGGAGGAAAAUCAUAUCAUGAGCAAUUUGAGACAAAAAGGUCUCAAGAAACCAACAGUGCUGGACCGUUAUCCACCGGCAGCUGCAGAGUUGGGGAUGAGAAAAUCAUGGAGCCCUUGGAUGAAAAAGAAAGAUGCCGUAACUAUCACACAGGAGCGUCCCUCAGACCAAACAAACCAACAGGUCAAUGGAACAACAUUGCCAUCAUCACCAGAACUAUCCAUGUCUCAGAAAACCGGUCAGCCACUCCAUAUUAAGGUGACCCCAAACUAUCAAAACAGCACGGCUAGAUUGGAGAUCACCAGCCCAUGUGCUGAGGACUUCUUCUCCAGUACCACUAUCAUACCAACUCUUGGACUCCAAAAACCCCGCAUAACAAUCGUUCCUUCUUCUAUGCUGCCAAAAUCCAAGGCCAAUGAAGGGGCUACUGGACCUGAACGAGUGAAGUCUCCAGUCACUAUCACGACCAUCUCCAGAGCUAAAUCUCCAGAAAAAGGCAAAGAACAACCUACCUCACCUCUGUCCAUCAUCACUGUUAGCGCCGUCCCAGUCUCUCAGGCGUGUGGGUCUCCAGAACCCCAAGAGUCGACCAUGGGAAGGGCUGUGUUUAAGUUGACCCCUGAAAAGCAGACCGUUCCAUUGCCCAUCCGGAAGUACAACUCCAAUAUUAUCACCACAGAAGACAACAAGAUCCAUAUCCAUCUGGGAUCACCUGGGUUCAAGAAACCUCAGGAUGACAGAAGUGGAACAGUAACGGUUUGGCCUAAAGGUGUUAGCUCAGAGAUGUCUACAGGAACAGUUGUGCGCUCUCUUCGACAGGGUAACUCAACCCAGGGCAAAGUAACCAGCAGCAUUACAAUUACCCCUAUCACCUCUGCCCCUUCAAGAUCGACUCAAUCUGUCUUGCUUCUGAAAUGUUUCAAAAUGAUAUCAGGGGGUGUCUGCUCCCUAGAUAGCUCUCUUUCAAGCAUGGAACGGAUGUGCUGUCACCUCGCUCCACGGCAACACGAAUCCCCGUGUCAAAAGAGAAUGUUGGCUCCAUGUGAAUCGAGAGCCGUGCUGAGAAUUUAAUUCAGAUGUGCUCCUGCUUCACUAUAAUCUACUUCCACACCUGAGGUGACAGUGAGCCCUGGAAACUCUGACACGGACAGAAUGGGUUGCAGAUCUAUCAAACUGGGUUAAAGAAGCACAACGAUCUGUAGUCUGGUGGAAUAUAUGCACCACAGUCUAUGAUUAAAGACAUUAAGACAGACUGGAGACUGUCGAACACUGGAUGCCAGUAAAGAAGGAUAGAGAAAGAAAAGUCAUGAUUUUGAGAUGCAAAUGAAAAGUUGCAGUAUUUGAGACACCCUGGUCUUUUUCUUUUUUUGUUUGUUGAUGUAUUAUAAGAUGAAUUGCUUCGAUGAGAGAACAUAUUUGAUUGAAGUCAGCAUGAAAUCAAAAUGGAUCCUAUUUAUUAGGGUGAACUUGACCUUCAGUUUCCACGUCCAAAAAGCCUCAAAAUUGUGUGCCGGUCUGGUACUGGUGAUGUUUCAGUAUUUUUAGUUCUCCACUAGUCUAUUUCCAGAGCUUAUGCUGUAUUCAGAUGAUCAAUAAUCACACAAAAUAUCGAUACUGAAUAUUUUUAAUAAAUGAGUAAUUUCAUUAUUUAUUUACCCCCCAAAAAACAAAAAACGAUUGGGUUUAAUAAGAUUCAAAGUGACAAAAAAUGGGAUAAUUUGAUCGAUUUCUUCUUUGGCUCUUAAUGCGCAGUACUGACCGAAACACACAACUGCUCAUUUCUUAUAAAUGCAUAUUAGAAUUGGUUAUAAAGCUAACAACAAACAACAAUAAAUGUCUGAUAAUUUACGACUUAGGCCUAUGAAUAAAAAAAAAAGCAUGGCUUUCAGAAAUAGUCUAACGUUAAAUGGAUAAAAUUACCAAUAGUAUUUCCAGUAAUGCAAAAACAGUACUUGUAUAGGCCCUUUUUGGUACUUGGUAUCAAAUCGAAAAGAAAAUAUGUGGUAUCGCUCAUUCGUGUCCUCCACAAGCCACUGCAACCUCCAGUUCUGCCUCCAUUAUGAUACGCCCAUGUAACGUAGUUCAAUGGAAAGGAGGCGAGAACCGGCUUGUCGACAUAAAUAAUAUUUUAAUGAUUAAACUUAAACGGCACACACACACACACACAUGUUGUGUUUCCAUGUUUUAUGGGGACUUUCCAUAGACAUAAUUGUUUUUAUACUGUACAAACUUUAUAUUCUAUCCCCUAAACCUAACCCUACCCCUAAACCUAACCCUCACAGAAAACUUUCUGCAUUUUUACAUUUUCAAAAAACAUAAUUUAAUAUGAUUUAUAAGCUGUUUUCCUCAUGGUUACCGACAAAAUGUCCCCACAAGGCCAAAAAUUUCGGGUUUUACUAUCCUUAUGGGAACAUUUGGUCCCCACAAAGUGAUAAAUACAGGCUCACGCACACGCACACGCACACACACACACACACACACACACACACACACAUGUUGUGUUUCCAUGUUUUAUGGGGACUUUCCAUAGACGUAAUGGUUUUUAUACUGUACAAACUUUAUAUUCUAUCCCCUAAACCUAACCCUACCCCUAAACCUAACCCUCACAGAAAACUUUCUGCAUUUUUACAUUUUCAAAAAACAUAAUUUAGUAUGAUUUAUAAGCUGUUUUCCUCAUGGGGACCGACAAAAUGUCCCCACAAGGUCAAAAAUUUCGGGUUUUACUAUCCUUAUGGGGACAUUUGGUCCCCACAAAGUGAUAAAUACACGCUCACACACACACACACACACACACACACACACACACACACACACACACACGAUGGACAUGUCCGUAAACGAUCUCUCUCUUGUCGCACCACCGUCUGCCAUUGGCCUUUAUCCCUCUCCGAGGCUUAAUUAGCCUGAUAUUGGACCGGAUGUGUAUAAUCACGACCCGGCCCGCCCUCCGCCCUGCCAUAGCCCACUUUUCACAAUCCAAUCAGUUCCUGACAAAUCAAAUCAAAUCAAAUCAAAUCCACUGUUUCAUGUUGACUUCAAACGCUGGUCUAAUAUUAAAUAAAGUGUUUGCUAAACGUUUCAUGAUCAGGGAUCAUUUAUGAAGAAUUCCUUUGCUAAUGGCACUGAUGUGUUUCAAUAAAUA